AUGUUACCAACGGUACAAAUUCUCUCAAUACUCUCCUUUCCAAUAGUGAUCAGCAUUAUACCCAUAGAAAGACAUCCGAGAAAAAGACAAAACUACCACGACCCUGAAUAUCACCACAUUGUGCGACGAGGUUAUGGUUACGGUGGCUCCUACGGAUAUGGUAAUAACGCUCAACAAGGGUAUGGAGCUGCACAAUAUGGGUCAUAUGGGAACUCCUAUGGCGGCAUGAACAGGGGCUCCUACGGAAGAUCGUAUGGUGGCUACGGAGGUGGAGGAGGAGGAGGAGGUGGUGGUGGAUUUGGCGGACAAAUAGGUAGCUCGGGAUUCCAAACCAAGUCCGAAGUGACCAUCACGAAAACAACAACAUGGAAUUCUGGGCAACAAGGUGGUUUAGGACCUAGUGGAGCAAUUGGUCGUCCUCCUGGAUUUCCAGGAUCUUCUGAAGUUAAUCCUGGAGUUGCGGGUGGUUCGUUAGGGCCAGUUUCUUCAGGUGGCCCAAUAGGUUCAAUUCCACCUGCUGCCGAUAACGGAGACACAGGGAUUAGAGAUGGACCAUAUUCAACAGUAGGACAGAAAGCACCUUUACCUCCUAGUGGUAUCCCAGAUCUACCAGGUUCAGGAGAAUUGGUUAAACGCUUUUGUGGACAAUUUUUGAAAACAGACAUUAUUUUUGAAGUAUCUGUGGAUGACAUUACUGUCGUAAACAGAUUAUCUUAA